AAAAAAACCCGCAUUACCAUUUACUUCGUGUUUUCCUGUGCGACACGACGUCACAUCCGCUUUCUCGAUGCCCAAGUGAACGUUGAUGAGCAAUGGCGGCGUGCCGGGGAUCCUCGUCGAAAUGGUUUUUCACCCGGGAGCAACUCGAGAGCACGCCGUCCCGCCGAUGCGGAGUGGAACCGGACAGGGAGCUGUCCUACCGUCAACAAGCGGCGAAUUUGAUCCAAGACAUGGGCCAACGACUCAACGUGUAUCCUUUGUAAACAAACUUCUCUCUGAAACAGACGAAGGCGACAUGGCGCUCAGUGCUAGAGCGGGCCAGUUAACGGUAUUUACUGAGAUUAGUGAGCAGAAAUCAAGACUUUAGAAUCAGCACACGUUAAAUGAUGUAAUUGUAUUGAAAAUUUCUUAUUAAAAAAGUCGUAAACAGUGGAGUGAUGGUCUUAACUCCAUGUGUAGCUGUAGGCUAAUGUAGCAUGCUAAUGAGCUAGCUGAGGGUGGACGUGUGAAGGGCCGCCAGGUGAGUCUGCAGCUGUUCUUGUGCAGUGUAGCUUCACUACUGUUAGUGUUUGUUUGAGUUUACGCUUUGUGUUACCCCACGCGUGUUCUCAAAAGAGCAUUUGAAGAAGCAUCAAGUAGGUGAUUGAUCCACAGGUUCGUGGCCUGACCUUUCAACCCGUUUUCCCUUCAACGUGGGGCCGCACGUUUGCGUUAAACGUGGUGAUCAAGUGGUAUACUUUACCAACACUGAGAUCAUGAUCAUCAUAUUAACAAGAGCAACACACAGUGCAUAAAUUUAAACUAAUGUGAAGGUAUGCAUACCUAAAAUUUACGCACUUGUAGAUGAAUAAAGCGCUUUUAGUAUAAAUAACCUCGCCUAAAGGAAUAUGAUUGUAUCUUUGGUUGCAGAUAGUCCUAUGAUGGAUGGGCGGUGUUGUGUAGUGGAUGCCUGACUUUAUGCUAGACAAGGAUGGGAGGAGGUGUGUGUAACCAUUCCUUGUGGCCUUCGUUCAUCACGUUGCUCUUAAUGAUUUUACUGUUAAAGUUAGUUGAGCUGUUGUGGAGCUAUGCAGAAGUUUUAUGCAUUUUUUGCAAAUGAUUUUCCCUCCUUUUUUUUCUUCUCAUACGCCCUGAACCCACAGAAACUGCUUUGUAGGACAAAUUUUUCCUCUUCUGGUCCAGACAUUUACUUUUGUUUCUUUGAAGUGGUCUGUUUUAAUCCUCACCACGUAAAACUGCCUCUUCAUGUUAUGCAUUCAUGCCAGAUGUCCCAACAGAGAAGCCAAACCUCUCUUUCUGCCCUUGGGGGAAUGACUUUUAGUAAGCGUAUUCUCAGUGUAGCAUGCAGUUUAAAUGUCAAUAUGACCAUCAGUCACUUAUUUUAAAUGCAGGAAGGCCAAUUGCAGCUGUGAUCACUUUUUGACCAACUGUGCAGCUCUACUAUAACAUUAAAUACAUCAAAUCAUGCUUCAGUGUAGCCCAUAGAUGCCCUUUUUUGGUUAUAUUGUUUAAUUGUGUUCACAUUGACUCUCUAUUUUGGCACAUUUAUUCUCACUUCAUGGAAUAUUACAUUUCCUUGACCUACCGUUCAGCUCACAACUAACAAUAAAUACCGCCAUUGUUUACAUGCAUAGAUUUUAUAUGCAACACUCUUUCACCAAAUUCCACAGGAAUGUAAGUAUUUCAGAACGUAAUGCUGCUAUUGACCUGCAACCUGGUUUUGCAAUUGGGAUAUAUUGUUGCAGAAGUUUCAAAGUUAAUUUAGUAUGGAUAUGUGUGUAAAUGUUGUGCUUUUUAACAGAUAAUUUCUCCAACCACCUUGUUCUUGGCUGCGAAAGUGGAAGAGCAACCCCGGAAACUCGAACAUGUGAUCAAAGUCGCACAUGCUUGCCUGAAUCCCCAAGAGCCGCCUCUCGACACAAAAAGCAAUGUGAGUUUCUGGAGGCUCUUUGUGCCAUAUUGUUGAACAUUUUUUUCCCUUUUGAUAUCUGACUUUCCAGUUCUCUCAGUGGUCACUGGGCCAAUUUCCUUUGCACUCAUCAAAGGGCCUUGUUGUAACUGUCUUGCCCUGCUGUUGUGUACCAAAACACCACACCCAAAGAGGCCUUUACUGUUGGUAAAAAUGGGUUUCUUUUGAGGAGUUUUUUUGGCCAUUUGAAAUCAGUUUUGAGGGGGUAAAGAGUAAAUAGACUCAUUACAAUUGUGUUGUAAUGACUGUCUAUCAAACUUCAGGCAUACCUCCAGCAAGCUCAAGAGCUGGUGAUACUUGAAUCCAUAGUGCUGCAGACCCUGGGUAAGUAGUGGUGACUGGAGUGGAUGACUUGAGAGAGAUUAGCCUUUUGCUUAUCAUAACCGUUCUCUUUGGCUUGUAAUGAUCAGUAAGAGAGUAGAACUGUUAUCUGUUAAAUUUACUCAUCACAGCCUGUUGAGUGACAUUUGUAUCAGCUGCUGUAUGGGCAUCUUGUUAUCUACAUUUUUUCCAAUAAAUCAUGUACAGGUGACAUGUCAUUGAUUUUUCUCUCCCAUUAGGCAUACAGCAUGGUAUUUACAAAACUGAAAGACUCUCUUUGAUGCAUUUUUGACAAAUUGUAUCUCCAUUUUACUACCAAUCAAACUCAACAUUGUGUGCCUAUUUCUCAUAUACAAAGGUAGUCAGCGCUCAUUAAAUUCUUAUAAAACAUGGAUGAUUUGACCAUCAAAGUAUGCAUUUAAAAUCCAUGAGACAUCCACUAGAUUUCUAAAUCAGAGCCCCAAAUGUAUCUCUAAAUUCGAUCACGCUAAAUGACAUGUCACCUAUCAGUUGUGUUUGUGUUGAACUCACCUGUCAUGUAUUUUGUUCCAGGCUUUGAAAUUACUAUUGAUCACCCACACACUGAUGUGGUGAAAUGUUCCCAGCUAGUGCGAGGUAGAGGCUUCCUUCUUUGCUCUUUGUGCCCUCUGCUCUUGUUUGUCCCACCUCAGAUAUGGGUGGGGAGGGGGGUGAAAAAAAAACCCUUGCUGAUUUGUUUGUUUAAUGAUCACACACACACACACACUGCUCUUUGAUGACCUUUUGAGUUUCAUGUGACAAGUAGCACAUUAACGAGACUCACUGGUACUUAUUAAGCGAAAGCCAAGACUGAAAUGAUAUUAUAUCCGUGUUCAACUGAAAUAUUUGUGGACACAAUUUGUUUCCCAGGAUUUGAACACAUGUAUGAGCUCUAUUGUGUUCUGUUUCUGAGCGUGGGGAGACAUUGCUACAGCUGACACCAGUCUAGUUUUGCUUUUUGUAAACAAGAGAGAGCAGCAAAUUAAAUUCCCUCAAGUUUACACCAUGUUGGGGUAAAGGCUUCAUUCUUCUAGAUGUGCUUCCUGCCCUGCAUGUAGUAUCUCUCCUGUGACUAUCCUUUUUAGUGGCGCUUAGCCAAAUUGAAGGUCACUUGCUGUGGUCAGCCAAGUUUGGUGAUAGACCGUGUCCCAUUUGUCACCACAGGUUCUUGUGAAGAAGCACAGUUUCUCUGGACUUAAGAGUUAUCGUACUGUUAAGAACCUGUUAAGAGUCUGUGUUACGUUCACAUUAUGUUACCCGCGCUACUUGCUAUACAGACCAUGUUUGAGCUUAAACGUUACCCUUCACAUUAGUGGAAGAUGGUCCGACAGGAUAUGAUGCGCUUGUUGAUGACUCAAAACAAGUCGAAAAUAACGUUGUGUGUUGUUGUGCUCACACAGUGGGAGUAGAAUCAUUAGUGCCCCAUUGAUAUUAAUGAUCAUGUGAAAUUUCAGUAGCAGUGCACGUAAUUUAGCAGCAGCUGAAUGACUGUAGGGGAAACACUGCUGAUACAUAUGAGUCCGAGGUAGAACUAUGUGAGAUAAAAACUUUUUUUUUUUUUUUUGUAGGUGUGGUGGCUUUUACCCUGUAUAAUGCACAUACCUCAAAUGAAUUAGUGGAUCGCAAAUAUUUAGAUCUGGUUUCAACUUGUAACUGGUUCUCAAUACCCAUUCCCAGUUAUAGCUGCAUGUAUUGUAAAGCUGUAUCAGUAUUGAAGAAAUGAGUGGAAAACGACAUUAAAAGUAAUCAGAUCAAUAAGUGACUGAAAAGCUUUUCAAAACCAAUUUGUUUGACUCAAUUUUGAAUGAAAAAAUGUGAAUUCUGGUAGAAUUACAUAUCAAUCAAUCAACUUUUUUCCAUAGCACAUUUAAAAGAACCAGGGGGGUAGCCAAAGUGCUGUACAUUGAGACACAAAAACGAAUGAAACAAGCAAAAACAAGAUAAAGCGAACAAGAAAACAUAAAUGCAAAAAAAUAAAUAAACAUAUAAAUAAACAAGCUCACGGCAAGUGCUAUGAUGAUAACAAACAAAAUAACACUACAAUGUUUUAAAAGCCAAGGAGUAAAAGUGCGUUUUUAAAAGGGAUUUAAAAACGGGAAACGAGGAGGCCUGUCUAAUUGUCAAGGGCAACUCAUUCCAGAGCUUGGGAGCAGCUGCAGCAAACGCUCUGUCACCUCUGAGCUUUAGCCUUGUAUUGGGGACCGUCAGUAACAGCUGAUCUGCUAAACAUAAACUUACUGUGUUUUGUUGGUAUUAGGGUUUUUUACGGCUGUCUCUGUUUAUAAAACUCUAACAUGCUGAAAGAUUUGAAAUGAGAAAACACUUAAAUUGACGGUUGCUUUCAGUCUUGACCUUGGCUUAAUCUGUGCACAUGUAACAAAAACAAAGUUCAGUUUUUGACAUAUAAUUUAAAAACAAAAAUGCAUGUAUCUUGCAGAAACACUAACCUAUUUUCUCUUAUCUUGUUUUUCUCUUUUCCCUGUCUCCCACAGCAAGCAAGGAUCUGGCACAGACUUCCUAUUUCAUGGCUACCAACAGGUUGUUAUCCUGCCCCUCCUUUGUUGCACUUUGACUGCACACCAUAGCUUCCUGUAAUGCAGGGUGCCCUUUCAGUGUCCAACGGGCCCUACUUGCGCUGGUGGUUGUUGGGAUGCUUGCCUUCUCCCCUCAGCUCCCCUCCCUUCUUCACAGGGAGCGGGACAGGGUGGCUUGUAGCGUUACCGGCCCCAGUCGCAGUGCGGUGUAUUGUACAAGGGUCCACGUGUUGGCACAGAUGGGUUGAAUGCAAGAUGUGAAGUGUAGUGGUGCGCUUGAAAACCCACAUGUUUGUUCGGUUGCGAAAAAGUGCAUAAUUCUAAAAGAAAGACACUUUGGUAGCCUGAAUAGCAGCUAAAGAUUUCACAGAUGUAAACAUUUCUCAUAGAGGUCUUUCCGGUAAGUACCCCAAAUUCAUUUUUUGAAUUUCUUUUUCAUAUCCAUUUGUUUAAAUAUUUGUUCAAAUAUUUUUCCACCUCUUGCAAAAAUCACUUGCCUUUAAAUGCACAUUUUUUUUCUAGCACUUCGACAACAUAGUUUUAUAUCUUUUGUGACAGAAAAAAAAGCCUUACCCAUUAAGGAUCUGCAGAUAUAUCGUUAAACUAUUGUUUAUACUGAUCCAAUUACAUUUGGAGAGCGUGAUUUUCCAAACUAAAAGGGCAAAGCUUUCUCAUAGGCGUGUGUCUGUUAAACAACUAUGAAACUGGGUCCUUAAAGGGUUCAUAAAUGGAGGACAAUGUCGCAGAGGAAUCGAGUUUUAUCUCAACUUUAGCUGUGGUUUCACAAAGCAGUCUGGUUCAGUUCGGUUCGGCACAGUACGCAAUUGAUUGUGUUUGCACUGUCGAAAAUUAAUGUCACAAGUGUUGGGGUUGGUUUUAAAAUGAAACUGUGUUGGUGAAGAACAGGUGCUUAGUUUACACACAGACACCAGCUGAGUAGUGGGAGUGGGAACAGAGAGAGAUGCAAAAGCAAAGGGAGAUGACACACAAGGAAGUUUUCCCUUCAACCUGAUGUUAUUCAUAAUAAAUAUAGCUCAUCUGCAAGUUACUUCUUUUACCAAAUAACUCUUUUGGACAUAGAGUCAGAAUAGAAGCGUUGAGUGAAAACAAAGGGAGUCCGUCUACAGAUAAAACUCAGCUUUUGGUUUAAGCUGUUUCAGAAGUACUACUGUAUCAUUUGUUUCAUGCUUGUGACAGAGAUGGAGCUGUAACAGAACCAUAAAGUCCUCGCCUUAUCAUUCCUCUGUGUGUUUUGGCGUAAAUCUGCACUUGGCUUGUAGAAGAGAAAAAAAAACAACUCUUCUAUUAUCAGAAUUUUUAGCGGGUGGGAUGUGUUGUCUGAACAGUCCAAUCGGUUAACGUGCCAAAAUGAAACUCAAGCUUCUCCGGAGCUUUCCCAGGGCCAACCAUCUCCCUGGUUGAAGCACCAGGGCACAGUUAGCUGUGGAAACACAUGAAAGAUGAAGGCUUACCGUACCAAACUGCACUGAACCAAACCAAACUGCUCAGUGGAAAUUUACCAUUUUGUAUUCAGUUUCUUGAAUCAGUUGACAAUGUCUGGUUGACUGACUGUGGCAGGCAGCUCUGAGAAUGACUGACUGACUGCCGUCAAUCAUAGCUUCUCUAAAUUUGCCUCGAGAUGAGUCAUUGUGAAACAUCAGUGGGUUUUUAUAUUUCACUGUCAGUGAUAAAGCCCAUCUGUGUUGGGGAGCUGAAAUGUUGUCAUUUUAACGCCCUUCUAUACAAACAGUGACUGAUGACUUUUAAGUAAUCGAACACGUCAGACUCCAGACAUUGUGUUUUCCACUAGUUCUGGCUAAAGUGUGUUUUUCAAAGGAGUGAUGAACUUUUACAGAAAUUAUCUUUUCAUCAUGAUGAAGCAGGUGUUUCAAAUGAAAUUUCAGUUAGCUAAAUUAUGGUGCUUUUUUUCCAAAAGAACUUAAUUUCUUAAGUAAAACUAUAGAUUUUUUUCACCCACCUUGUUACUUCUGUUGUAGUAACAGGUUUAUUGUAAGUUUAAUCAGGUAUAAUUGCAUCUCUUGUCCUAAAAGAAAAGCCACGAUUCUCAGUGGUUAAACAGUUUGUGUCCCUGUUCGCCUGUUAAAACCGUGUCUUAUUAGAUGGCAACAGCUCUUCACUGUUGCUAUUGAAUGAAUUGCGCCUGUCCUGAAAUCAAAUGCUUAUUUUAUGACAGUUAAGAUACAGAUUUCUUGUACUCUUGGACUGUAGGUUAGAUAAGCUGUGAUGAUCAGUCAGGACAGGCUAUCAACACCCAGUUAACCCCUAAUAAUGACAUAACUGGUGUCAAGUCGUAUGAUCAAUCUGGAGCGUUAGCUGUAUUUAUUGCUGUUAAUACAGACCGUGUUAGUUAAAGUGAAAUCAUGCAGCUGCCACAUGGGAGGCCACAGUAUUUAACAACUGCUCAUGUCGAUACCUGAGCCCCCUCACAACCCACCUCACUGUUUUUAAACCAAAGAGAUUUUAUGAUCGAGUUCAUGCGAGCUGUUAUCAAGCCCUUCCUCUUUAAUUCAGCGUUAUAAAAUUUGUCAUAUAAUGUGUCGUUUUGAGUGACUUAAAUGCAUCAUCAUAGUCAUAAUAUCAUGUCCUUUACAUCCAACACAUGCCGUAAAUUAAAAGCGUCUGUUCCUUGUGUUUUUUUUUCUCUCUUUUCCCCCUCAAAUGUUUGACCACUCGUGACUUCGCCUGGCUGGAAAUCGACUCGCCCACAUUGCUGCACACGCACAUCAAUAAAAUUCCCUCUCACUCUCACAAUUCACUCCUAAAUACCCCCCACACACUCCACAGUCUACACCUCACUACCUUCUGCCUCCAGUACAAGCCCACCGUGAUCGCCUGCGUGUGCAUCCACUUAGCCUGUAAGUGGUCCAACUGGGAGAUUCCAGUUUCCACUGAUGGGAAACAUUGGUGGGAGUAUGUGGACAACUCUGUUACACUUGAGCUGCUGGAUGGUGAGUUUUGUUUUAUUCUUGUAAUGUAUCACAUCCAAUUUAAUCCAAGCAAUAUGUUGAUCAGUUUUAGCAGAAUCACAUUAAAUGGCGUCAUUCGUGUCUUUUCUGCAGAGUUGACCCAUGAGUUCCUGCAGAUAUUGGAGAAGACGCCGAGCAGGUUAAAGAGGAUACGCAACUGGAGGGUAUGAAACGUAUUUGCUUUGUGUAAAGAUUUAGCCACAUCUAAACCUAAGUAGAGUCCUAGUGCUGAAAUGCAUAAAGAAUAUCUGUGUUAAAGGGAUAAUCCGGCAUAAAAUUAAGUUAAGGUCAAACACACCGUAACACAGAGUUAGACACCCUGUCCAGAGGUGAAUGUUGCCGACUUCUUGCUUCUCUAGUUAUACCAACUUUAGUAACAACCGCAUGAUAGCAAUACACAGCAUGCUCAACCAAAACGCCACUCUGUAGCCACAAAUAAUGCUCAGAACAGCACCUAACUUCAUCAACAGUACAUAUAGGGUCCCAGCCAUAGCACUAGCCACCAAACAUCUUUUUAGCUUUGCCUGAUUUCUUUAGCAAAGAGACUAAACACAACUCACCUACUCUCUUCCAGCAGCCGCUUGUUUGUAUGGAGACCUUUGGUGAGUACAUCACCACAGCGGAGUUUCGCAGCUCAAGGAAGAACAUUUAUGAUCAUUUCUUUAUGGAAAUACAAUCAGACCGAGACGCUAAAAAAAUGAUUAAUAUGGUGAUUUUUACUUCAAGGAAACGAUAAAGAAAUGAUCAUAAAUGUUCUUCCUUGAGCUGCAUCACCCCGCUGUAUUCUAUGGACGCGCCUGGAGGUCUCUGUACAAACAAAUGGCUGCCGAAAGAGAGUGGAUGAGUUGUGUUUAGUCUCUUUGCUAAAGAAAAUAGGCAAAGCUAUAAAGAUGUUUGAUGGCUAGUACUAUGGCUGGGAUUUUUUAUGUACUGUUGAUGAAGUUAGGUGCUGUUCUGAGCAUUAUUUGUGGCGAUAGAGUGGCGUUUUGGUUGAGCGCGUUGCUCCUGGGACUGCUGUAUAUUGCUGUCUUGUGGUCGUUACUAAAGUUGGUAUAACUAGAGGAGAAAGCAGUCUAACUUGGUGUUACAGUGUGUUUGACCCUACUUAAUUUUAUAUCCCUUUUUAAUGUUCCUUUUUUAAGGAGGUAUGUACAGGUGGCAGUGUUGAAAUCACAAAUAUUGACACAACUAAGUAGUCCAUGUGUAGACUAAUACACAAAUAUCUUUCUACCUAGGCGACCCAAGCUGCCAAGAAGCCCAAGACUGACAGCUCCCAGUUGUCCGAUAACUCUUUUGCCGGGCCGUCAAUGCUCAAUGAUCAAGGUGACGCCUCAGCAAACCCAUGUUUUUCCAAAGCGGGCGCCGUCUUCGGCGUAUCCAUGCCUGGCCAGUCUGGAGAUCCAUCCCUGUCUCUGGGCCCAUACAAUCCAUCGAGCCACAGCGAGUGGCCCCAGGGUCAAACAGGGUACCCUUCCACCUGUUUAAAACAGGAACCCCUCAGCAUCCCUAUCCAAGAGCCCACACUGCCCGUGCAGACCUCCACCUCCUCUUUGCUUCAGCAUCCAUCGCUAUUCAAGACUGAGAAAACGGACUUCAUCCCAGUCAAGCUGGAACAAAAAGGAGCUGGUGGAGGCAGUGUGGGGAAGCAUCAGCCACAGCAGUCUGCAUACCCUCCACCAGCUCCUCCACCACAACGCUCUCCAGCUCAGAAGCUUUCUCUUGAUAAAUACAGGGAGAAACACGCCGCAGAGUUGGCUGUUUCUGGACAGAAACGCGGUCAGGAACAGCAUGGUGGAGUCAUGGACUGUGAUGUGAAGGGGGAUAUGUUGUCUUCCUCCUCUUCUACCUAUGCACCACCCACUACGAGCCAAGUAGACCACAGAAAACACUCACAGCCCCACCAAACAUCCCAUGGCGGUGGCGGCACUUCCACUGCCUCCCCGAUAAAAAUGAAAAUCCCUUCUUCCUCCUCUUCCAGUCAGGACAGACGUCAUCAUAAUGAGAAACGGGACAAAGGCCCGCUUAAGCUCCGCCUGCCUGUUCCUGGUGGCAGCACACAGCUGGAUAAAAGUGGUCAAGCAAGCAAGAAUGAGCUUAAGAUGAAGAUCAAAGUGUCAUCAUCAGAGCGCCACAGCUCCUCAGACGAAGGCAUGGGGGCAAACAACAAGAGCAAACAUUCCAGCCCUCUGGUGAAUAAAGAGAAACAGCAGCGAGGAGCCGAUCACAACCUCCAGCGUCACCAUAAGCACAGUCAUCCACACUCUCACAGCGGAAAUGGGCGGGGAGGCCCCGAGGGUCCAGCCGGCGGGGGAGGCCUGCUGCGGGGUCCUCCAGGACUGGUCAGCAUGGACGGGGCCGCGCUCGCUCCUCCGGGAUCCACCUCUUUACCUUCAUCCUCAUCACGAAGAAGGGCAUACCCAGAUGCCAGCCACAACCACCACCCUUCCUCCUCAUUCUCCGGUUCCUGCUCCAAAGUGAGCAAAAUCUCCAAGGGUGGCACUGGUGCUGCAGGUACUACAACUUUUUCUCUCCCUUUUCUUCCUCCUUGCUCCUCUCCUGUACUGCAGUGUGUCUCGUCUGGCUUGCAGCUCUAUGGCUAACCCCCCCCUCCUCCUCUUCCUCCUCCUUAUUCUUGUCUCUCCACCUCCUCCUCCUUCUCCUCCUCCCCCAUCCUGUCACACUCAGGUGGGCUGCGGACCUCUCAGCAGUACCCGCCUUCUAGUGAGUCGCCACAUGGAGUGGGAGAGCAGAGACACUGAGCCCACCACUCGUCAGCCAUGGACAGCACAUGGAAAUGGCUACAAAGAUACCCAGAGUAUACUCUGAAGACUAUGCUCACCGCCCUGUUAAGUGCCCUAGAAAAAAUAAACUCUUUACGUAAUGAUUAACCCUUUACUGAAAGGCAGACGAUUAAUCUGCGACAAAAGAGAAACGUGUCGUUGGACUUCUCCAUUUCUGAGAGAUGAGAAAGAUGAAAAAUUAUGCUUCCUGACUGUCAGAUCUCUGGGUUGUGAUGCUCAGUCCUGUCUUUUUUUGUUUAGUGUUUUUGAUCUGCUGCCUGGUUUUCCUUCCUCCUAUAAGUGAGUUUAGGAAUGUUCACCAGUGGGUUUGUCCCUCCCUGCAUUCAGUCUCCAUAUGGGAAAAAGUAUUGAGUACUACAAAAGGCAUGAAAGGUGCACUUUUCUUCAUCCUUCUUAUUUUUUUUAAACGAGUAAUUUAAUUUAAUCACAUUCUUACGGUUGUAUGGAGGACACCAGAGGCCAGACGGAGAUGAGUUCAAGUGAUGUUUGCUGGCAUUCCAUUUAGUUCUGUUGAUGGAUGCAUUUUUUUUAGGUGUAAAGUUUCAUCUCCUCAAUUACCUUUUUGUGUUGAUUUCUUUUUAUACAUAAGUAAUGUGCGUUUGAUUUGCAUGUUUCAAUCGUUAAAGGGAUUCGAAAGGAGAUUGCUGUUUACAGAAAGUUGAGAUAAAUGUGCAUACGUUUUUGUAUGUUUAAAGAGAAAAAAAAUGCUAUACCAUGACUACUCAGGUUUCGAGCUGCUUGUAAGUAUAACAAGAUAACUAUAAUACCUAUAAAACCUUUAUUUUGUUGAUCAAAAGGACUGGGCAUCAUUAGUUGAAUGAUUGCAGCAUUCCAGUGAUUGUGCUUCUCACAGCCUUCCUGCAGAGGGUGUUGUUAUGUGCUUUUUCACCACAGGAAAUAUCAGAGGAUACCCUAAGUAAUACUAGCACAUCCAACACCUUCUUAACCACAUCACAGCCAUGCAAGUUGUACCAAAAAAAAAACAAAAACAAACUUUUUGGACCUUUAAGUAGACCUUUAAGCUGGAUGCCAAAGGCUGUGCCUCAAAAAGAAUAAAACAACAAAGACAGUUGUAGUGUGCUAUUAAAGUUUACAUAACCCCCUUUUACUUUGAAGUGCAUCAGACACAAAUACAUUAGUUGAACCUGUAGCCCAUUCAGACCUAUUAGACGAUAAUUUUGUCAAAAAAUUUACAAUAAACAUGUUAAAAAUCCUCCAUUGUAGCACCGUUUGACAAAGCAGUGACUAUUAGUGAUAUGCAGCAUAGCAUAAAUAAUUACUCUCUGCAUUUUGGGUAUCACUUAACAGUUUUCUGACCCGUGUCUUAUUGCAUCGGUAUAAUUUAAAUAUUAUUGCCCAAAUAAAUCUUAACAUCAGUUUUCUUUGUUACUUCACAGCCCCCCUCCAUUCUCAACUUUUAAAGUGUGAGUAAAAGUUAAACAAUCCUAGAGUUGGAGUUGUUUGUUCUCUUCAGAGGUUCACUGAGCAAAAGCAGAUGUGAAAAAGUGAGAGAAGCCCCUUUUUUUCUAUCCGUUUUUCCUUUUCAUUUCAUUAUUACAAAUAAACUUCAAAGUUGCCACUACCCUGAAACAGUAGAAA